UGGCCAAAAAAUAUGGUUGUAAAGUCUUAGACCUCUGAAAAACCUUCUCCAGAAGUUAUAAUCCAUCCAUGGCGUUACCAUCUGCUGCCACUCCCACUGUUUUAUCUCCCUCGUCAAUCUCAAGCCGUCCGAUUCGACACUCUCAUCUCUUCCCUUCCCAAACCAAUCCAAUAACUAUCACCUGCAGCUUCUCUUCUCCCUCCCCAUGCAGCAACACAAGAUCAAUCCUAGUACCCACCAGCAGCCGGUACUACUGUUGUUUCGGGGUUUCAUAUAGAUUUUCCGGUGCCGGUGAAGGUGAGGAGGAGGAGGACGAAGAGGAGUGUAGCUUUGAUGAAGCAGUUGUGCUGUUCAACACAAGGGAAUACUACAAGUGCCAUGACUUUCUCGAAUCGCUUUGGAACAAUGCCGAAGAACCGUCCAGAACUCUUAUUCAUGGCAUUCUACAAUGCGCAGUGGGAUUCCAUCACCUAUUCAAUCAGAACCAUAAAGGAGCGAUGAUGGAGUUGGGAGAAGGACUUUGUAAGCUAAGAAAGAUGAAUUUUAAAAGUGGAUCACCAUUUCAUGAGUUUGAGCAAGAAAUCUCUGCAGCCCUGGAUUUUAUUUACCAAACGCAGAUAGAGUUAGCUGCCUGUACGGAUGAAGUUUGUGUUACAAUGGAUCAAUCAGAGAGAUCAUACCAACUUCUAGGCCGGUAUGGUGCAGGUCAGCUACUAUAUACCCUCCAAAGGGACCCUAAUUCUAAUCGAUUUAUGUACAAUAUUGUCUUCUCCCCUCACACCUCUUAUGGGGGUGAGCCACUAAAGGUCAAGCUUCCCACCCUUAAUGCAACCACACAACAUCUCUUGGCCUGUGAAUACGACUGAUUCUUCAAGUGGUUGAUCACUAUGGUUGAUAGCGUCGUCUUCUUUAGCCAA